AUGUCUUACCCCGAAUUCCAUUUCAACACCACCGCCGAGGAAGUCGCGACGACGUUCGCAGGCGAAAUAAAGGGGAAGAACGUCAUUGUCACUGGCACAUCCAUCAACGGAGUCGGUUUCGAGACUGCGCGGGUUAUUGCAAGAUACGCAAACCUGGUUGUGAUCACUGGAUACAACGAGUCGAGAUUGAAACUCGCUGAAGAUGCAAUCAAGAAUGAUGCACCGCACGCGAACAUUCGGACCCUCAUCCUGGACCUAUCGUCCCUGGCUGCCGUGCGCACCGCUGCAGCGCAAGUGAAAGCAUACGAGGAGCCGAUUCACAUCCUUAUUAAUAACGCAGCGGCUCCAGUCGUUCCGUUCAAGCUCACUGUUGACGGAUUAGAGUAUCAGAUGGCUACGGACCAUUUCGGGCCAUUCCUAUUCACUGCGCUCAUCGCGCCAAGACUCCUCGCUACCAAGACACAGAAUUUCACACCGCGGAUCGUGUUUGUAUCGAGCGCUGGGCAUGCAGAGUGCCGGGGCGUUGACUUCGAAACGCUCAGAAAGCCUGACUCGAAGACUUACGAGAUGUUUGACGCCCAUUUCAAGGCCAAGUCUGCCAAUGCGCUAACGGCGGCGGAGCUCUCGCGGAGAUCCGGCGGUAAAAUCCACAGUUAUAGUCUGCAUCCUGGAUCGAUCAUGACGAACAUCACCACCAAGGAGGAGGCGCUCGAGCCCUUGAAGGCAAUGAAGGUGCUCUUGCCGGACGGCCAACCGAACACCAAGGACAUCCAGUGGAAGACAAUUCCCGAAGGCGCAGCUACGAGCGUCGCCGCUGCUUUUGAUCCGCGACUCGAAACAAACCCCGGUGCAUACUUAGAUGACUCAAAGGUCGCAAACGAUAAAUUGGCGCGGCAUGCUGCAGAUCCGGCUAAUGCCGCGAAGUUGUGGGAUUUGUCAGAGGAGAUUGUCGGAAUCAAGUUCGAUUUUGAUUAG